AUAAAUAGUUAUGUAUGAUAUAAAUUAAAAAAUUUAAAACUUAGGAACUUAAUAUGGCUUUAGGUGAAAAUAUUAUCAAGAGUGUAUUUUACGGAAACAGGUACCAAAAUGUAUCAAAAUCAAUUAAGGUAUUAAAGAGAUACAAAUCUUCAAAAACUACCGGCAUACCGGUGGAAAAACAACUAGAAACACCGAUAAUAGUAAUGCGAGAACAAGAUCAAGUUGAAGUAAUAGGCCCCCCUGAUCCAGUUUCAAAUCUCAGACCUAUCAUGAGAAACAUGCUACCCAAUGAAACUGCUCUACAGACGAAACUAAGGGAAAUGCAAAAUGAUACAGAGGAGUGGAAUCAGAAUUUUUGGGCUAAUCACAAUAAGAAGUUUAUGAAGGAAAAACAAGAUUUUAUCAAUAUGCUUCUAAGACAAGACAAAGAUAAACAAAUCACACCAGAUGAAAUGAGUGAGUUCUAUAAAAGAUUUUUAGAUGAAAAUUGGAAAACUCAUGUGACAUACAACAAGGAGUGGUAUAUCAGAAACUUAAGUAUAUUGUGGUAUUCAAUAGGCACCCAUAUAGAGAAACAUAUAGGAAGUUUACAAAAGAAGUUUGUACAAUAAAUAUAAAUAUAGUACAUAUAUAAAAAUAUACUAUUCAGAUAAACAGUAUAUAAAUAUAAUGUGAAAAGUAUGAAGAGUUUGAUACAUUUAAAAUUGUGCAUCUGAAUGUCUACUUAGAGGCUAUACUUGUUUAUAGCUAUUAUAAUUAUUUUUAUUUAUGUAAAAUCAUUGUUUUGUAUAGAAUAAAAUAUAGUUGAUUUUUUCUAUAUUGAUUUCUUCCAGUUUUUUCUUUUUAUUUUCUUACUUUAUAUUAACUCCAAUUUUUCUUCUUUCCCAUUGAAUUCUACUUGAUAUCUUCAUUUAGUUCUUCCUUUCCUACUUUUUCCAACUUUUUGCAAUCAUAUUAGAUAUGUUGGACCUGCGCUGGAAAGCGCAGGAUCAAUGUGAAAAAGACAAACAGAAGACAGAGACAAUUUGAGACAAAUGGGAGAGGCCUAUAUUCAACACAUGAAUAGAUUUUGGGUUAUAGAUAGAUAGAAUUAUCUUUUCCAUUAUUUGCCUUAAGUAAAUGGUUUCUAUUGGUUAUUUUUGAUCAAUUGCAUAUUUUAUUUUAUCUUUUUGGCCAUUCCUAAUAUCUUUCUUUCUUGAAAGUAUAUAUCAAUGGUAUUAAUACUUGAUUUCCAUUUAUAUUAAUGUUCAAGAUUCAAAACAUCAUGCAGAGAAAUUAGUUUUUAGGCUAAAAAUAGAUCUAUUUCCCAAGAUAGUGUCCCUUUAGUUCAAGUCACUUUGUCCAUUGUUUCCCAAAUCAGCAGAUUCUGUCACUAAAGUGUAAUUUUCAAUGUAACAGUCAUACUUACAAUCAUUCAAUCUUUUAAUUGCCAAAACCAUUUGUGGAUACAUUUUCCUGGAUAAAGAAUAUUUUCUUUUUUUACAUACAAAAAUUUUUUUAUCAUCUUUAGUUAUUUAUGUAUUUUUAUUUGUUUAUAUAGUUGGUCAAAUAUAUAUAUUUGUGUACUAUUCCCAAAUGAUUGGUUAACCCUUUGGCAAGUAGUAAAUUAAAAAAAUCGCUUUGUUAUUCCAGAAAUAGCAAUUACAUGUUUAACUUGUGGAAUAGUCUUUGUUUUCUUUUUAAGUUUAUUCAUUUUGUGUAAAACAUACACUAUCCAUUUUUAACAAGUUAUAUAAUAAAUUUUUUUGUAAUAAAUUCAUAUUUUCAACUAGUACCAAAAAUAACAAAACACACGUUUCAUUUGUAGCCUUACCUUCUAUGGCAUAGAACAACAACCUAUUAUUUCUUCUAUCUUCCCACUUUUUCUUACAAACAAUCUUAUGAAGUUAAAGAUGAUCAAUAGCAUUAUAUUUUCUCCAAAAAUUUAUACAUAACUUGGAUUGAUU